AUGCGCUCCGACACCUGGCACAGCUGGUCUACCACAUGGGUAAGAGCACUUCAUCGAACCGAAGUCCAUCAGUGCCCCGCCACCUGCCAUUCUCUGUCGCUGCGAAUCGGAUAUUUAUUCACCCAGGAAUGGGCACCCAGGAAUGGCUGGUGUUCAGGGUUAUGAUUAGCUGAAUGAAGGCAAACGCCCGAAAUAGUGCUGUAUCAAUCUACCCCCCUCCCCCCCAGACUCUGACUUCUCCCCUGCUAUCAUAGAUUGGCCGACUUCGGCCUGGUAGGCGGUUGCUCUGGAAGCAAACGGAUCGAUGUGCGCCCAUCCCUGACUGAAAAAAAUACCCGACCUGCAGCGACAGGGAAUGGCAGGUGUCAAGGCACUGAUGAACUUCGAUUCGAUGAAGUGCUUAUGACCCAUCUGGUAGACCCCAGUGACAAGGGAGACUGGGAUGGCCAUUUCUGGCUUAUUAACCGUCGUCAGCCAGUCAUACCCAACCCCGAAGUGUGGAACACCCGAGGCUCGAACUGGCGACCUGUUUAUUAGAAGUCCACGUCUCUAACCUUGUCAUCGUCGGUAAUACCCUUCUGCCUAUAUCAUGCGCCGCUGUGCGGCUGCUGGUUGGGCUCGAGAGAGAGCCCGUAAGGUACAACGGAACGAGUGAAAUCCGUAAAAACGAUCGGUGAGCGCCCCCUACCAUUAUAUAUAGUAUAUACCAUUAUAUAUAUAUAUAUAUAUAUAUAUAUAUAUAUAUAUAUAUGCUGGAAAACGGGCAUCCCAAGAAAUUUAAUUGAAAAUAAGUAAGAUUCUUUGGGAAGGGAAUAAACUUUAAUGAGUAAAUUUUCGAGUCUGGAUCCCCAGCUCGUCGUCAGACUUUUGGGGACGAGAUCAUUUAUCCCAGGUGGCUAUGCACACACUGGACACUGGACACAAAUUUGCAUGGGAGAACACCCACAUUGUUGGCGCCUGCCCAAUAAGGAAAGGCCGCGAAUUCCUGGAAGCAAUGCACUCAGAUGAGGCAUGCAUCAAUCGGCAUAUCGAUUUAGAUGCCACAUACAAAUUUCUCAAGGACAAAUGGAGGCGAGCGCAGCCAAUGCCGAAGGGAUGACGAAAUCGUUGACGCGCAUUGGCGCAGACUUCGGCCAACCAUAGAAUCACUUGUUUGACACGGUUAAAUAGUUAACUGUUUUUGUACAUUGCCCAAAAGUCUGACGACGAGCUGGGGAUCCAGACUCGAAAAUUUACUCAUUAAAGUUUAUUCCCUUCCCAAAGAAUCUUACUUAUUUUCAAUAUAUAUAUAUAUAUAUAUAUAUAUAUAUAUAUAUAUAUUAUGACAGUGGGCGCACGCCGAUCAGGUGACGGAACAUGCUCGUUCCGUUGUGCCUUGGGGCUCAUACGUAAACCCUCGCAGGCAGUCGCACAGCGACUAAUAGUAGACAUAGAUGAGAUGGAGCCGACAAAGACAAGGGAGCAGCUCGCUAAGAGUGCAACAGGCCAGACGCAGACAGCUGUUUCACGGUCGUUACCGAUCAUCAGUACGUCAUAUGCCUUAUGAAGUGAGGUAUAUAAGCAUGUCAAGUGGGCGUUUGACCCUCACUGUUGUGGCUAGGAUCUCAUUCGAUCCCGCCAGCUUGCUACUGGCGACAACGAACGCUGUGUCAGAGGACACAUACCACAUAUAAUACAUGAGCAGCUCGCUAAGAGUGCAACAGGCCAGAGGCAGACAGCUGUUUCACGCCUAAAUUCUGGCUUGCACUGCUAUACAUUUACGCCGUCUCUAAGACAGUUACCCGCCUCCAAGGAAUGGCUCGAGAGAGAGUCCAUAAGGCACAACGGAACGAGUGAGUUCCGUAUGAACGAUCGGUGGGGUGUAGGGGUGUCAGCGGUGGGUUCACGUGAAGGUCGUAGUGGUCGCUCACUUGCUUGCAGGUGAGACUACGCCUAGCGUCCACUUGCUGGCACUCAACUCUCACCUGUGGCUCCACGUAGCUGGGCUCUGCUCAGCGGCCACACCCCGGGCAACCGUCUCGACCGGCGGGCUAAACCAGGUGAGGGCGGUUACUCCCUGUGCGCGUUGUGCCGCGUGCACAGGUGACUGCGGACUCCGUGGACGGUUGGUCGGAUGGAACACCGCGUCGGCGCCGUCGUGACGAGGCUCUGUCUGACACACCGGUUGGUGGUGGAACGUCGCAUCGGCAUCGUCUAGACGAGGCUCCGCCUGGUACGCCGUUGAUCAGCCGGUGGGAUGGAUCUCCGAAUUGGCACCGUCGACACGCGCCCAUCUGGUGCACCGUAGGAGACCGCAGGCUUGCGGCAAUGCCGUAAGCCAUUGGCAAAUUCGAGUCGUUCUUCCACUGCCAAAAAAACUCGUGGCCCACAGUGGAGUUCGGCCGCGCCGGCACAUCAAGCAGCCCCUAUUCAGGGGUCAGGGCACUGCUUCCUUCGGGGGGGCCUGGAAAAGCUGGCCUAAAAAUUGCUGGGGAACCACGUCGUCUGCUGGCGCACCGUGGUCGCAGACGCAAAACUCACGGUCGAAACAAUCAAACUCGAAACAACAACAACAACAACCAUACUCAUUCUCCUCAUCCUACCUCUUCUACCUCUACCUCCGUCUAUUCUUCUGCCUAUUCUUCUCCUUCGUCAUCUUCUUCUCCACCUCCUUCCCAUCGCCCCACUCGUUUUCCCCAGACUGACAGGGUGAGCCCGCUCACUCUGGCAGCGUGGAAUGUUCGUUCCCUUUUAGACAAUCCGAGGAGCAACCGACCGGAACGGUGGACGGCGCUAGUGGCACGAGAACUGGCGCGCUACAAGGUGGACAUCGCCGCACUCAGCGAGACCCGAUUCUCCGAACAAGGCCAACUGGAGGAGGUGGGUGCCGGUUACACCUUCUUCUGGAGUGGUCGACCCAGGGCAGAGCGACGAGACGCGGGCGUCGCCUUCGCCAUCCGGACCGACAUCGUUGGACGACUGCCCUGUUUGCCGCAGGGCAUCAACGAUCGCCUGAUGAGCCUCCGCCUGCCUCUCUGGGGAGGCAAAUUUGCCACCAUCAUCAGCGCCUACGCUUCGACGAUGACCAACCCCGACGCCGUCAGAGACAAAUUCUACGAGGACCUGCACGCCCUCUUGGCGACUGUGUCGAAGGCGGACAAGUUGAUUGUCCUUGGUGACUUCAACGCCCGCGUCGGCACAGACCAUACUGCCUGGAGGGGAGUGCUGGGUCCCAACGGUCUCCGCGGCUCCAACGACAACGGCCUGCUUCUCCUCCGCACCUGCGCAGAACACCGCCUCACCCUGACGAAUACCUUCUUCUGUCUGCCGGAGCAAGAGAAGGCCACUUGGAGGCAUCCUCGGUCGCGUCAGUGGCACCUGCUGGACUACGUCCUCGUCCGGAGGCGAGAUCAGCGAGACGUGCUGGUGACGAAGGCGAUCGCGGGUGCUGACGGGUGGACCGACCAUCGCCUCGUCAUCUCGAAGAUGCGUAUUCGCCUACAGCCUCGCAGGAGACCACAAGGUAAGCGACCCCCAGGUAAGCUGAAUGUUGCUUUGUUGUCUUUGUCUGCUCACCGUCUCCAUUUCAGCAAUGAGCUAGCUCAACGGCUAGACAACCUUCCUAUCGCUGCCGCCGCCGACGACGCCGCCGCCGCUGCCGAGAACGCCUCCGUGGAGAACCGCUGGUGUCAACUGCGAGACACGGUCCAGUCGACGGCGCUCGCCGUCCUCGGCCGCGCUCCCCGCCAACACCAGGACUGGUUCGACGACAACGACGCUGCCAUCAGAAAUCUGCUUGCCGAGAAGAACCGCCUACACAAAGCCUACGUAGAGCACCCAACUGAGGGCAACAAAGCUGCCUUCUACCACAGUCGCCGACAGCUUCAGCAACGACUGCGCGAGAUGCAGGACGCCUGGACUGCUCGCAAAGCUGAGGAGAUCCAAGGCUACGCGGACCGCAACGAAUGGAAGAACUUCUACUCCGCGAUCAAAGCUGUCUACGGUCCGCCGACGAAGGGCACUGCUCCUCUCCUCAGCGCCGACGGCAGCACUCUCCUGACUGAGAAGACGCAAAUCCUGCAGCGAUGGGCCGAGCACUUCCGAGGCGUCCUCAACCGCGCUUCCGUCAUCUCCGAAGCCGCCAUCGCCCGCUUGCCGCAAGUGGCGACCAACGCGGACCUCGACCUCCCGCCAUCUCUCCAGGAAACGACCAGGGCCGUGCAGCAGCUCUCCAGCGGGAAAGCACCCGGAUCGGACGCAAUCCCUGCUGAGGUCUACAAGCACGGUGGUCCCCUACUGAUGGAUCACCUGACUGCGCUCUUCCAAGAGAUGUGGCGUCAAGGUGAAGUCCCGCAAGAUUUCAAGGACGCAACUAUCGUGCACCUACACAAGCGCAAAGGGAAUCGCCAAGUCUGCGACAACCACCGCGGCAUCCUCCUACUGAACAUCGCCGGGAAGAUCUUCGCUCGCAUCCUUCUCAACCGCCUCAAUAACCACCUGGAACAGGGCCUUCUGCCAGAAAGCCAGUGCGGCUUCCGUCGUCAUCGUGGGACCACGGAUAUGAUCUUCGCCGCCCGCCAACUUCAGGAGAAGUGUCAGGAGAUGCGGACCCACCUGUACUCUACCUUCGUGGACCUGACGAAAGCCUUCGACACGGUGAAUCAUGAAGGACUGUGGAAGAUCACGCAGAAAUUCGGCUGUCCGGAGCGAUUCACUCAGAUGGUGCGUCAGCUGCACGACGGUAUGAUGGCGCGAGUCACGGACAACGGAGCUGUCUCAGAGGCAUUCGCAGUGACCAACGGAGUGAAGCAGGGCUGUGUGCUGGCGCCUACCCUCUUCAGUCUCAUGUUCUCUGCCAUGCUGAUGGACGCCUACCGCGACGAACGCCCUGGAAUCCGCAUCGCCUAUAGAACGGACGGUCAUCUCCUGAAUCGCCGGCGCAUGAACUUCCAAUCGCGUGUAUCCACAGCCACCGUGCACGAACUCCUCUUCGCCGACGACUGCGCCCUGAACACCACCUCAGAAGUGGAGAUGCAACGGAGCAUGGACCUAUUCUCCGCCGCCUGCGAGAACUUUGGGCUGGUUAUCAACACGCAGAAGACGGUGGUGAUGCAUCAGCCGCCUCCCAGCUCAGCCACAGCCCCCAACGCGCCGCCGCAAAUCAACGUGAAUGGGACUCAACUGCAAGUGGUAGAGAACUUCCCGUACCUGGGCAGCACGCUCUCCCGCAACACCAAGAUCGACGACGAAGUCGCCAACAGGAUCUCGAAAGCCAGUCAAGCCUUCGGUCGCCUCCAAAGCACAGUUUGGAAUCGUCAUGGUCUCCAACUGAGCACAAAGCUGAAGAUGUACAAGGCCGUCAUCCUGCCGACGCUACUGUACGGAGCGGAAACCUGGACGUUGUACACGAGGCAGGCACGUCGACUAAACCACUUCCACCUCAGCUGUCUCCGCCGCAUCCUGAGGCUGAACUGGCAGGACCGCAUCCCCGACACCGAAGUGCUGGAACGGACGGGAAUUCUGAGCAUCUACUUCAUGUUGAGACAAAUGCAGCUGCGCUGGAGCGGCCAUCUGGUGCGCAUGGACGACGAGCGACUACCCAAGCGACUCUUCUACGGAGACGUCGCGAGGGGUUCUCGUCGUCAAGGAGGCCAAAUUCGCCGUUACAAAGAUACUCUGAAGUCCUCCCUGAAGCGCCUGCACAUCAACCCGACCAACUGGGAAGAGCUCGCCCGCGAUCGUCCGACAUGUAGGAGAACAGUGAAGACGGGCGCUGCCAUCUACGAAGCCAACCGCAUCGCCGCCGCCAAAGUGAAACGCGAAGUCCGCAAAUCACAACUUCGCCCAAUACGCAACGCCGCCGCACAACCUCUCCCUACGUGUCCUCGAUGUCAACGGACAUUCCGGGCACGAAUCGGACUUGUUGGACAUCUUCGAACCAACUGCACCUCUCGAACUGCUCCAGCCAUCGUCCCCCCGCCCGCCUCUUCCUCGUCCUCUCUUCCGCCAACUAACUCUGACACUCCUUCUGCACCACCACUUCCAUCCUCCUCCUUCUCCUCCACUGCCCCAGCGGUGGCCGUUCAGGCUGCCGUCUCACACAUCGCCAACCACGACACAGCAACCGCAACCACCCCCACCUGCCCUCACUGCGACCGCACCUUCACCUCACACAACGGUCUGGUCGGUCACUUGCGAAUCCAUCGCACAGAGACUGGUGAACCAGUGCCUGGAGCACCAACCUACACCCACCGCACUCGCCUCCACUGCCCUCGCACCUUCCGGCAUCGCAUGGGCCUAUUCGGCCACAUGCGCAUCCACGAGAGCGGAAUUGACCGCAGCCUUGACACACCCACCCCGCCGAGCCCCACUCCCAAUCCAUCACCUUGUGCACCCACUAACCACUCCCCAGCCGACAUCGACGCCACCGACCUUACCACCCCUCACUCCCCCCCUUCCUCCUUCACUGCCACAACGACGGCCACUCCGGCGUCUGUAGCGCACGACUUCACCACAGCCGCACCUGACACAACAACAGGCACAAUCCCUGCAACCUCCAUCAACAGAUGUGAGGGCCCGGACUACAUCUGCCCUCACUGCGAUCGCACCUUCACGCAUCGGCCUGGUCGGUCACUUGCGAAUCCAUCGCACAGAGUCUGGCGAACCAGUGCCUGGAGCACCAACCUACACUCACCGCACUCGCCUCCACUGCCCUCGCACCUUCACGCAUCGCAUGGGUCUAUUCGGCCACAUGCGCAUCCACGAGAGCGGCAUUGACCGCAAUUCCGAUACAGCCACGACAUCCAACACGCCCAGACCCAUCCUCGCCCCACCGUCACACGCGCCGACCACCACCACCGCCACCACCAACACCACUGCUUCCUCUACAGCUGACACCGACACCGCCGACCUCUCAUGCCCACAUUGUCCACGCACCUUCACCUCACGCAUCGGCCCGGUCGGUCACUUGCGAAUCCAUCGCACAGAGACUGGCGAACCAGUGCCUGGAGCACCAACCUACACCCACCGCACUCGACUCCACUGCCCUCGCACCUUCACGCAUCGCAUGGGUCUAUUCGGCCACAUGCGCAUCCACAACGACCUGCGGUAG